UAAAGAUCGAGGAAGUAAACGUACAUAUUUAUUUUCUUCUAAUUUUUUUGUUGUUGCUAAUAUUUUAUUCAUUUUUCUCUUUCUCUCCGUCUGUGUGACUUGCGGUUUAAUUCGAUGACAUUUUAGAGAAAGUAUAUAAACGGGCCAUAAACUAGUUUGGAGAAUAUUAUAAAUUCUCAGAAAAAAAAGGCAAACGCGCGAGAGAAAAAAAAAUUAAUACAAGACAAGAAGAAGACGAAGAAGAAGAAAUAUAAUGACGAGUCAGGCGGAAGCAGCCCAGAACGGCGGCGGCGGCAGCAGGCGGGCCAGGCUGCGCGAAAAGCUGAACUCGGUCAGCCAUCCGAUGAUCGGCGGUCUGCCCUUCAGCCUCGACUUCAACGAGCUCAGCGACGAGUGGAAGGCCUACGCGGCCGAGGAGCUGCGCGAGACGCCGGAGAACGUCGAGGAGGGCCUGAAGAUACUGCGCGAAAAGCUCGCAGGCGAACCGGAUCUGGUGGUACCAACGAGCCAGGAACAUUUGGAGAAAUUUCUGCGACCCUGCAAGUGGUAUCCCGACAGCGCCUUUGAAUUGAUGAAACGCUUUUACAAGUAUCGCGCUAGCCAUCCCAAGUACUGCCAGGACCUCACCCCGACGAACGAGCGCACCGUGAUCGUGUCGGGGGUGCUGUCGCCCCUGCCCAGGAUCAACGACGACGGCGUGCGCGUCUUCCUCAUCGAGGCCGGCAAAAAAUGGAAGCCCAAGGAGGUCACGCUCGAUCAGAUGUUCCGCGGUGUCAUCUUCUAUCUCGAGGCGGCCAUAUCCGAGCCCAGAGCCCAGGUCUGCGGCGUCCGAGUGAUCGUCGACAUGGACGGCCUGUCGCUGUCGCAGGUGACGCACUUCACGCCCAGCUUCGCCGGCGCCGUGGCCGAGUUCGUCCAGCGCUGCCUGCCCUGCCGGCUCAAGGGCAUACACAUCGUCAAUCAGCCCAUCAUCUUCAAUAUGGUCUUUGCCUUCUUCAAGCCCUUUUUACACGAAAAGAUGCGCAAGAGAAUCGUGUUCCACGGCACGAACUGGGGCUCGCUGAGACCCUUCUUCGACGCCGCGACCCUGCCCAAAAAGUACGGCGGCGAUCUGGACUUCCCCGAGGACCCGCUCCUGAGCGAGAAAUUCUUCUCCUACGUCAUGAAUUUCGAGGACGAAUUUUUAGCGUCGAGUAAAAAUGGAUACGUCAAGCCGCAAAAAAGUUGAAGCACAUAAUUCACCGCACACACCAUGAAGAUGGACGAGUUUUUUUCUUUUCUUUUUUUUUUUUUGUCGUUCGUAAUACCAACGCAAAUUACACGCUGCGCAGCUUGGUAAUGCAGAAAGAAAAGUAAAGGAAAAAAAAAUUAAGAAACACACAGACACACACAGACGGAGAGAAAAGUGCAAUCAGUGACGAUGACCAGCGCGUGGAUUACAGUACAUAUUUUAUACCGUGUAUAUUUAAAUACAUUCCUUAUGUAGUAGCAAAAAAAAAGACAGUGCGUGACGAUGGCCGUUACAUAUAUAGGCAUAUUAUUGCGCAAGCGCAUUGACCUCUGGAGAACGUGGGGGAGGAUUUUUUUCAAUUUACGAAAAUAUCACGAUCUUUAAAUCUGAUAAAUUUCACACUUCAAAUAGUUUAUACCCCCCCCUUGGUCCUCCGAAGCUCGAUCGAUCAGAUGUAGCGGUAUAGAUUGUUCAUAUAAAUAUUAUUGUUUUUAUAUAGCGAAGAAAAAAGAGAUAUAUACUGCUGAGAGAUUUCAUCGUGUUUCGAUACACAAACGUUACAUAGGAAAUACAAAUGAAUGAUUAACCGAUUUACAAAAUAAAUUAAAAAUUACAACUAUA